AUGGUUGUGGGGGAGGGUUUCCUGAAAAUACCCAUCUGGUGGUUCAAGUCCUCAAGUCAUAAGAAACAUAAAGAGCAUGCACAAGACCAGGUGAAUGGGAUGACCUGCAAGAUGGACGCUUUGCAGGUGUCUCCUGCAGGAGAUUCACCAGAACACAUCCACACAGACAUGGAUCUUUGUUAUGCUGGCAGUAUAGAAAUAGCAGGAGAAGCUUCUUUGGAAGAUCUGAAGAUGCAGGUUCUGACCUUACCAUGCUGCCAGGAGCAGGUAGUCCCACUGCCCUCAUUUCUCAGAGCGUGGACAGUGGACAGUAAGCGCCCAGGCAAGCUUUUACGAAACAACAAGCAGCAACUCAAUGACUAUAAGCUGGGUGCCAAAGUGGAAAUCUGCAUAGAACCUUUGCAAAAAGAAGAGAAUUUGGGCCCCCAUGAACUGCUGCUUCGAGUCCAGAUGGGCAUACCAGGGGAGAGGGACUACUAUGACUCCACGGAUUUGGUGUGGGAUAUCUCCAAAGAAUGCACAACCUGGUCACUGAGGCAACGAGUGGCCUCUCACUAUUGUCUCCCCAUAGAUAAAAUCGAAAUAGCCAAAUACUUCCCUGAAAAAUUUGAGUGGCUACCAAUAUCUAGCUGGACGCAGCAAAUUUCAAAGAGGAAACGGAAGAAAAAACAGGAGAGUUUACAGUCAGCACCUUAUCACCUGAAAGAUGGAGAUAUCGUCGGGGUGAAGAAUCUUCUCCUUGAUGACACUAAGGACUUCAGCACAGUGAGAGAUGACAUUGGAAAAGAGAGACAAAGGCAGCAUGCAUUAGAAAAAAAGAAAAGCCGGCAAGCGGAACGCUUACAGGACCAUGUUUUCUCUGAGGAGAAGCUGAAUAUUAAGCACCGUAAACCAGAAGUGGCUCUUUCUAUCAAUGUGAGCGAUGGCACAGAGGCCUCACCCGUGGUCAGCGCAGCUUUGCAUGCAGAUAAACGUGAAGGAGGUGAUCAUGAUACAGCUCUUUUUGUGAAUCUUUAUUACAACUGGGCAGUGGGGCCCCAUCAGCCGUGUUAUCGAAUGGAGUUUGCAAGUACCGCUGCUUCUGCUCGACUUUGA